UGCAAAUUGAUGAGGUAGCGCGAUCGUCCAUGCUCUUUAACUCUUUAGCUCUUUACGCGCUCGAUCGGCGCCGCCGUUACACUGUCACAGGGAAUGGCGAUGGCAUCUGCAUUCCGCGAGCGGCGCAAUUCACGAUCCUUAUCAUCCAGCGCGUCCCUGAGCGCCGUCUUCUUCGACUUGGACAAUACUCUCGUGGAGACCAGAAGAGCGGAUGGUCAGACUUGCCGCAAGUUGACUGAGGAAUUGACUCGGGAAUACGGAAUCUCGGAAGAUGUGUCCGCCAAGAUAACAACCACGUACCUGAAGCAAUUUAGAAAAUGUCCCGACAACGCGACUCUCACAUUGGAUGCUUGGCGUACCAUCCUCUGGAGCAAAGCACUGGGCCACAAGUAUUCGCAUCUAGCAAAAAAAGUUUACGAAAGAUGGCUCUAUUUAAGAUAUCACUACAUGAUGCUGGCACCGAAUACAGUUUCCAUGCUGCGUCAAUUCAGGAAGAAAUACCUGUUGGGUCUAAUCACCAACGGACCGUCGAACGCUCAAUGGGAGAAAAUUCAAAAGCUGUCACUGGAGCAAUACUUCGAUAUUAUCUUGGUAUCCGGUGAUUUGCCGUGGGAGAAACCAGAAGCAGAGAUAUUUCAAAAGGCGUGCCAUUUUCUUAAAGUAAGACCCGAGGAGUGCAUCAUGGUCGGUGAUAAAUUGGAGACUGAUAUUUUAGGUGGAAUCGAGGCUGGACUGUAUGGAACGGUGUGGAUACCUACUACGGAUAAACCUCGUCUCUCGGUGAACGAUCCUAAACCAGAUUUUACAAUAAGACACGUAACAGAACUUCUCCGCAUAUUGGACAGAGGCCCAAAUGCGCCGGAACUUGAAGACUGUUCUUCAAAUGGAUCUGAUGGCAGUUAA